AUGCAGCCCUUCAAAUGUGAAAUAGUUCUCAAUGUGGUCAUCACAACACAAAGAUUGCCCACCCUGCUCUAUAAACCAGCAUCUGCAACAACACCUCACAACAACAACAAUAAUCCACUUUACCAUCCACUUCGCGAGUAUUGUCGUUGGGAAACGGCAAACGUGACAUGUCCGAGUGCUCACCUGGCGGUCAUCCGGUCAGCUUACUACGGCCGAAUGAGAAACAACAGAUGCACAGAGACUGAGGUGUAUGUCGGAUGCUCCUACGAUGCACUUGCUGAGCUUGACUUUAUGUGCUCUGGUCGACCCCAAUGUUCGGUAACCGUACCAGUUCAGGAUCUGCAUGAGAAACAGCCCUGUCCCAAAGACAUGCUCACCCAUCUAGAACUGGAGUAUGAAUGCGUGCCAGACAUGCUGGACAUGCACAGUGUCCGGUUGGCACUCCACAACUGGUCAUCAUCUGGAAGGCGCGAAUCUUCUGAUCGGACGAAUCAAUAUUUGAUAUUCAACAAACAAACAGAGACAAAUAAAGAAAGCGAAAUGAAAUAA